UUUUGGCAUCUGAGGUCGGAUUUGUGAUUAAAUACAUUUAGAGGGGUCAAUAUGAGAUUUUGAUAAAUUUCCACAAAAUUGCCCAAUUGUAUUCGAGAGAGAGAGAGAGAGAGAGGCGCGCGCAUCAAUGGAGGAGCUGAAACCCGUGCCUCAGAGCAGAAAGAGGCCUCUUCAACAUGAAAUCCAGGAUUCUCCCUACUACAAGAUGCGUGGACUUCUCAAAGAUCUUCGCCCCCAUUUCAUCGAGGUGCUCAGAACCCCUGAUUUUCGAAAUUGUAAAGCAGCUGAUGAUAUCCGUCAAGGGAUGAAGCUUCUGAUGGAACUAUACCAAGAGAUGACAGAAAACUCCGUUAAGCUGGAAAAAUGUAGCAAUGGUGACAUUGCCAAUGCCAAGAAAGCAGAGGAGCAUCAACAAGAUGUGAAACCUACUGACAAUCCUCUGCUGGAUGACGUUAUGUCUGUCCCGCCUCCAGAUAUUCAGAAACAAGGAACGUACAUCGUUGGGGGUUCUGCUUUCGGGUGGAACUUCAUAACAUACCAUAGCAGCAAAGCUGUCUACUACGGGCGAACAAAAGAGGCUUUUCGAGCACUAAAUCCCAAAUCUAGUUGAACGAGGACCCCCACCCCCCUGUUUGCUAGAACGGAUGGUUGUAUGACAUAUAUAUUAGAAGUUUAGGAUAAUGUACGAGUUUCUAUCACAAACAAUAUUUUGCAGGUUCAAUCUUCUAUACAUUCAGAUUGUAGAGAGACAUAAUUGUUGCACCAAAAUUGUGUUGAUGUAUUUUGCCUUAUUCUACUUA